AUGUUCCGCUACUGGAGACUCGCCGCACUACGAUAUGUUUUUUUGUCGCUGGAGAAAGCCAAACCCGAGCUGCGCGCCAUGGGACCUGUGCUAGGUCUUGGUGCAAUAAGUGUAUGGAUCAAGAACUCUCUCAUAUUCCGUCCAGGAGAGCAGCGCUGGGACAAAGCAAUUGUGCCGCCGGCGGCCUACUGGGAUGCCGAAGACGAAGAAAAUCUGGCCGAAGACGAUGAGGUGGAGAACUUGGUGGCCGAGGGUCGGAUGGGACCGGCAAUUGAGGAGCGUGGACUAUAUUUUGUGUCGGCAGUGGAGUACGACUACGGCAUCUACAGCCUUCCCCCGGCACGCGGACUCGACGCCAGGACCUACGCAAUGAUCUACAAUUGCAACAGCUUCACUGAGCUCGAGCUGCUAUUCAUGGCGAGUGCAGUAAAGAAGGCAAGAAAAGAGCCGACUGCUCUUCCUCGACGCACGAAACUACGACGACGUAUACCACCACGAGCACGCUCUCCGGACCGAGACAUUGACUUCGGGCUGGGAGAGGCAGGUGUCAGAGUUCGCCACCUUCCCGGCGUGGUAGGAGCUGUCGACGUGCUUGAUGGAGGGCUCGACGGAGAGGUCAACGCCAUCUGGCAGGACUUCCUCCGUGACAUAGCUGCUGUCAUUCCGUGCUCCGCAAAGAGGGGGUGCUAUAGCACGCUGACUAUCGACGAGCGACGAGACGCAACAGAGGAGUUGUACAAGUCCUCGUCUCUCCCGCUCACAUGCGCAUAUGUCAAGAUCGCAAGCGCCGACACGUGGGACCGCUUGUUCUUCAACCGGUUCUUUCCUAAUACUGCCCAGCAAAAAGCACGUCCCGUAAAAACACAGCAUUUCGGGUCCUGCCACUACUGGCUGCGGUGGCUGGUGUUAACCAAAAAGGUCGCUGCGGAAGGAGAUCAAGAUACUAUACGCGAACCGUUGCUUACUGAGUUUCAGAAGCUCUGCUGGCUGCCUUGGUCGUCAAGCGAUCGAAUUUGGGACACCGACAAGCACGCAAAGGGACAGUGCGUCACGCUGCCCCGUAACCACAUAGGCCCGGCACCCAAAGUAGCGAUAAACGAACGUCUUAUAAUUCCGCUGGAGAGGGUGACUUUGAGGUAA